UCUUCUUCCAUCUUAGCCUCACCAAACCAAACGUUCCAACUCGAACUACAACCCAAGAUAUACAAUUGUAUUCCACGAAUACUAAGCAAAAUCAAGGGCUCCAUCCAUUCGUCAUUGUUGUAUUUGCCCAUGACUCGUCGCCUUCUUUCUGCCAUGGUCGUGGCCACUAGCGCUGCUGUUGGGGCAGCAGACGGCGUCUCCUGUUCCAACUGGCUGUGCCUUAUGGGCAUCAACACUCCAGUUCGCGUCAACGCCGCUGGAAACAUCGAAUGUUUGAGCUCCAACCAUCACGACUGUGCGUGGCAGUCCAAUCACGAGGCAUGUGACACCGUAAAGCAAUCCAAACUACUAGCUGCUGCGACCGACGAAAGUCCCCUCGUCUGCGGGGCCCAGCAUUUCCAAGAGUGGGGAAGCACGGGGUACGAUUCGCCCCAUCAUUGGUGUGCCCAAGCCUACCGCACCCUCGUCCGCCCCCCUUCUCCCCCUCCCACCUCGUGGACGUGCGUUCCCAAUAUCCUCACUCCUCUUCGUGUCAACCCGACCUCCGGCGAAGUGGAAUGCAUGUCGUCCAAUCACCACGACUGCCUUUGGCAAUCCUCUGCUGAAAACUGCCAACUUUUAGUAGACACCAACGCCCCACCAGGUACCAUCGACCCCCUCGAGUGCGGGGCGCACCACCAAGCUGAAUGGGGAGUUCCCGGCUACGGUGACGCAACCCACUGGUGCGACAUCGCGAAACCAUUGCUCGCUUCGACCUACCGACCGUGGGAAUGUGUGCCUGGUAUCUUCACCCCUGUCCGGCGGACAUCUACCGGGGCCAUUCACUGCCUGUCGACCAACAGCAGAGACUGCAGCUGGCAAACGUCGGACGUUACGUGUAAAGCAGCGGUAGCGGCCCUUGGAGCUUCGAUUGCGUGGGGCACCGUAAAGCCCUUGACAUGCCCCCCCCAAGAUCUCGUGACGCCCUACCACUGGUGCCAACAGGCCAAAACGUAUUACGACGCCAAGAAAACGACGACUACUCCCUUCCUACUUUGGACAUUAGCGCUAGCGUCGGUGGAAUCGGUCGAGUGGCCCGCCGUGGUGCUGGCUGCCACGGCCAUCGUCGGGUGUGUCCUCGGAUUCUUGGCGUUCGUGGUGGUGCACCAACGUUCGAACGUGGCAGCACACGACGACAGCAUGGCGACCAACGAUUAUUACAUUGCCCUCGUCCAUACCUAGCUAGCACCAACAAACCAACCAACCCCCACGAGCAGCAGCCAUAUGCAGCACCCUCGACAUAAUGGCGAAGUUCCGACGUGGAGGGAGAUGUUUGUACAUGUAUAAAUGUAUUUCAAGCUAAAGGACAAGAGUGAAACCAUUUACAGUACUUGACAACACCGGGGGUCUCUUAUACAUGUAUAAAGAUAUAUAAAGGUACGACUAGCC